AUGGAUCUUCUCGGCACGACGCCGUUCCUGAUGAUGGAACUCUCGCCCCCGUCAUCGUCCGAGCACGCCUUCGACGGCCAAGGAUCGCAGCGUCCCGAACCCUCCGACGACAAAGGUAAGGGCAAGGGCAAAGAAUCCGUGCCAAGCCCCUCACGCCCUCGUUCUGUCACCCGCAAGAUAUGGGCCGCAAUUCCGCUCCCAGAAGCAGCCGAUGCACUCUCAACGUCUGAUAAUGAUCUCGCGGCCAUCAUCGCACGCGCGCAGGAGGCAGACAAGAUACGCGACGAGAACGCCGCCUUGGCGCAGCAACUGUCGGCCAAAGAAAACGAAGCGCUGCGAUCUCAACUGGACAGACUUCGCGCGGAGAACGCCGCGCUCAGGAAGGAGAACGACGGCCUGAAAGACCAGGACAAAAAGCAGCGCUUCGAGAUCCUCGACUUUAGAUCCCGGAUCGACACGCUGGCUGCGAAGGAUGGGCCCGUGCAGAGUCUGUUGGCGGGGCAGGAGGAGCGUGUGCUGGCGCAGGUCGCGGAGAGCAAGAAGGGCGUGGCGUAUGAGGUUAGAAGGACGCGGGAGGAGUGGCAGAGCGCGCUGUUGAAGGGGAUUCAGGAUGCCGUGGCGCGAAUUGAGGAUCGGCUUCAGGAGGGAGACGGUCGCGGUCAGCCGUCUGUACGCUCGGGACAUAAACGGGCAGCUGAAGGCGCUGGUGCUAAAGAGGCUGUGAACCCGGCACAGAAGAAGCAGCGCAGGGAGCCGCGAGAUCCUGCCUGA